AUGGGGAUGUUUCUACUCCCAGUCUCUAUUAUCAAAACACUAAACCAACUGCUUAGGAAAUUCUUGUGGGGUUAUCAUGAAGAUACUUCUAAAAUUCAAUGGGUUGGUUGGGACAAAAUCAGUACCAACAAGGAGUCUGGAGGCCUUGGUUUCAGGGACUUUAAAAGGUUCAACUUAGAUCUUUUAUCGAGGCAAGGGUGGAGGAUUAUACAGAAUCCAAACUCUUUGGUGUCCAUGAUCCUUAAACAGAAGUAUUCUAGCCAGGUGGAUUUGCUAGAUUCAAGAUUGGGUCUAGAACCAUCAUUUGCAUGGAGAGGUAUUCAAGUAGGUUUAACUUUGCUAAGGAAGGGAAUCAUGUGGAGGAUAGGUAAUGGGACAAAGGUGAACAUUUGGAAAGACAGAUGGAUCCCAGAUUUUCAGUCAGGCAAGGUGUUGUCCACUCGAGAUGCAGAUUGCUGGUGUGAGAAAGUCAGUGAUCUCAUAGACCCCCAAUAG